GUGAACGCCUCACCCUCGAGCCAACUUCACAAUGGCGAACUAUCAAUACGACGAGGGGGGCGGCAUGGCUGCUUACUUCCUCCUCACUUUUCUGUCUAUAAUUCUCAUACCCUUUAGUUUAACUGCUUUCUCGUCCUCCUCUAAAAAAGCUGAACCAACGGGCUGCGAAUGUUCCAUGUGCGUGAAGCAGCACGAGCGUAUAAAGCAGAGGAACAAACGGUCAAUAUUCAACCCGAGGCUUGGUGCGAAGACACUAUUCUUGCUCGGUGGAUGGUCUCUCUGGGCUUUCUUUGCCUACAAAGCCUCUACAACCCGAAACGAAAGCAAGGUUUACGAUCCCUUCGAGAUCCUUGGCAUUCGCUCAGGUACCCCAGAGAAGGAAAUUAAAUCGCAUUACAAGAAACUAUCGCGUAAAUUCCACCCGGACAAGGUGAAGCUUGUAGCAAACCAAACCAUGGAAAUGGUCGAAGCGUACUUCGUAGAAAUUACGAAAGCUUAUAAGAGCUUGACCGACGAGACGAUCCGCAGGAACCUGGAGUUAUACGGACAUCCAGACGGUCGGCAGGAAGUCAGCAUGGGAAUUGCAAUCCCAAAGUGGGUUGUUGAGGGCCAACACAGAUUCUUCUUCUUAGUUGGAUACUGCAUCAUCUUGGGUGGACUUCUUCCAGUCAUCGUUGGGAAGUGGUGGUUCGGGAGCAGGAUUAAAACGAAGGACGGUGUAUAUGCCAGAUCAGCGGAGAUGUUUUUCAAGGACAUCAAAGAAGACAGCUCCAUCGAGGAUCUGCUUGCAUGCUACGGACAGGCCUUGGAGAACGAAUAUCCUGUUGUGUCUACCUCCCUUGGUGACCUAGAGCAGAAAGUUCGAUCCCGCCUAGGAGGCAAAUAUUCUGGUUCUCCUGCUCAAACACUGCUAUAUGCACACCUGCUUCGCAUUCCAAUAGAAAAUUCGUCAUUACAGAGAGUUCAAGACGACAUUCUCGUCCGCUCUCCUUCACUCCUUACAUCGCUCCUAAACAUCGCCAUGGCUCACAACUGGUUAACACCCACUCUGAGCGCGAUGCGUCUUCACGCCUAUGUCACCCAAGCUGUUUCGCCCUUUACUCAAGUCCAAGACAGCUCGGUUUUCACACAAUUUCCGAAUUUCUCUGAAGACGACGUAAAGAAUCUCGUUCAGCAACUCAACGAGCGCGACGUUAAGGCAUUUAUCGACCACUUAGAAAAGACCCAGGAUGCUCGAGCUGAGCAAGCAAGAAAAGCAGCUGAAAGUUGGGGUAAACUAGAGCUCGUAGAAGCAUCUUUCAAAGUACUCGGCGAGCGAAUCGUGACUCCACUAUCUAUUGUACAGUUAGUUGUGAAGGCACGGAUCACCCCUCCAACUGGUGCAACUGUGAAACAGGAGGAAAAGGAGACUUCUGACGUGGAUGUCAUAAAGCGAUCAAUUAAAGAAAACGAAGAGAAGGAUCAGGCAUUCUUGUCUUCGAAACGAGACAGCGAAGAUCUGACUAACGGUUUGACCAUUGCCAAGCGGGCACAUACACCAUUCUGGCCAGCACCUCGGAAACCAUCUUGGUGGGUAUUAGUGACUGAACCCAAGCUGAACCGAGUUGUCAUGCCUCCGAUGCGGAUCACGGAUUUACCUCUCUCGGACCCGACGAAGGAACGGAACUUCCGAACGUACAAACUUCAGUUCCAGGCACCACCGAAUGUUGCGGUAUAUAGCUGGAAGAUUCAUCUUGUUAGUGAUACCUUUGUUGGCGAGGAAGUUAUUCGAGAUAUUAUUCUCAAAGUAGACGAUGUCUCACAGCUCAGCUCGGACGAGCGAGGCGUAGAAGACGAGAUCUCAGACCCGGAGGAAGAUUCUUUGGCAGGACAAAUGGCACUUAUGAAGGGUGCAAACGUGAGGAAAUCUCCCGUACACGGUGAGAGCGAUGAUGAUGAUGAGAGUGGGACAGACAUCGAGGAGAGCAGUAGUGAUGACAGCAGUAGCGACAGUGAUUAAGCACUCGUUCUUGUGUAGUCAUCUCACCUCAUUAUACUUUGCUAUUUCGCUGCUUAUUCAAUAUUAUCCAUCCGAUUCGAGGAUGCACUGGGG